AGCCCCGAGCUGCGGUGGCGCUGCGGGCAGAGGGUGCUCCAAGCCUCUGGCCACAGGCGCGCCGAGGAUCGUGCGAGCGCCGCACCUGCGGGCCCGGUUGUCGGGCUGUCGCAGCGCGGGGACCGCCCUAUUAGGAGCUGUCGCUGACAUGAGUGCAGGAAUGAAAGUCUGCCCCUUCUCAAGCUCAGAGCUGUUCCCAAUGAUCUGGAAGUCUUCGUUCACUGGCUCUUCUGUCCUCGCUGCUCUAGGGCCACAUGACCACGGAGCCUCCCGGCUCUGUCACCUCCCUCCUAGCCUUUGAACCCAUGGAGUUCUCUGCUGAAGACUCAGUGUCGCAGCCCCAGGCUGCGCAUGCCCCCCUGGAGAAGCCAGCCAGCACUGCGAUCCUGUGUAGUACCUGUGGCAAUGUGUGCAAGGGUGAGGUGCUGCGUGUUCAGAACAAGUACUUCCACAUCAGGUGCUUCGUGUGCAAAGCUCCAAACCACCCAUCCCCAGAGGAAAGGAUACAUCAGCUCCGGGGGACUUUGCUACAGAGAGCAGCAGCCACUAUCUGCAGCCUGGACGCAGGACCCCAGAAUCUACAGAGAAAGUUAGGUGUGGCAUGUGGCUGUGACCUGGCCGAGGGCGGCUUCUUCGUACGACAGGGUGAACACAUCUGCACACGUGACUACCAGAGGCUCUAUGGCACUCGCUGCUUCAGCUGUGACCGCUUCAUUGAAGGGGAAGUGGUGUCAGCGCUCGGCAAGACCUACCACCCCGACUGCUUCGUGUGUGCUGUCUGCAGGCUGCCCUUUCCUCCUGGGGACCGAGUGACCUUCAACGGGAAGGAGUGUAUGUGCCAGAAGUGUUCCCCGCCCACAACACUGGGCAGCAGUGCUCACCUGGCCCAGGGCCUCCGGAGUUGUGGGGGUUGUGGCCUAGAAAUCAAGAAUGGCCAGGCCCUGGUGGCUUUGGACAAGCACUGGCACCUGGGCUGCUUCAAGUGCAAGACUUGCGGGAAACUCCUCAAUGCAGAGUACAUCAGCAAGGAUGGGCUACCCUACUGUGAGGCUGACUACCACACCAAGUUCGGCAUCCGCUGCGAUGGCUGUGAGAAGUAUAUCACAGGCCGAGUGCUGGAGGCGGGGGAGAAGCACUACCACCCCUCGUGUGCGCUAUGUGUCAGGUGCGGCCAGAUGUUCUCAGAGGGCGAGGAAAUGUACCUGCAAGGCUCCUCCAUCUGGCACCCUGCAUGUCGGCAAGCAGCCAGGUCUGAAGACAAGAGCAAGAUGCACAGCUCUGUUUGCAGCCAGCCCUGCCCGGGCACCCUGCCCUGUGCCUUACAGGAAACCAGGACUUCCUCGGAGAGCAUUGUGUCUGUGCCCGCCUCCAGCACAUCGGGGUCCCCAAGUCGUGUGAUCUAUGCGAAGCUCGGUGAUGAGAUCCUGGACUACAGGGACUUGGCUGCUCUUCCCAAAAACAAAGCGAUCUAUAACAUUGACCGCCCCGACAUGAUCUCCUACUCGCCCUACAUCAGCCACUCGGCCAUGGGGGACAGGCAGAGCUAUGGCGAGUCGCCUCAGUUGCUCUCACCAACGCCGACUGAGGGGGAUCAGGAUGAUCGGUCCUACAAGCAGUGCCGGACCUCCAGCCCCAGCUCUGCUGGCUCCGUCAGCCUCGGGCACUACACCCCAACAUCACGGUCACCCCAGCACUACAGUCGCCCAGCUGGUACUGUGAGUGUUGGUACCAGUAGCUGUCUGUCCCUGUCCCAACACCCAAGCCCUACAUCCGUGUUCAGACAUCAUUACAUCCCCUACUUCCGAGGCAGCGAAAGUGGCCGUAGCACCCCAAGUCUCUCAGUGCUCUCCGACAGCAGGCCUCCUUCCUCUACCUAUCAGCAGGCGCCGCGCCACUUCCACGUCCCAGACACUGGCGUAAAAGAUAACAUCUAUAGGAAACCCCCUAUCUACAAACAGCACGGUCCUGUAGCCCAGUCCCCAAUGUCCAAGCUCUCUGACCUGGUGUCAGUUUUGUCCUUGGUGGUGCAGGAGGCAGGGCGCUCCAAGAGACGGGCAGGGCUGAGCCCACCGCAGGCUGCAGCUGCCAGGCGACUGGACGUGGAGGACAGCACUUUUGAUCAGGACAGCAGGAAGAAGACCACCUGGCUGCUCCUCAAGGGAGAUACAGACACCAGAACAAACUCUCCAGACCUGGACAGCCAGUCUCUGUCCCUCAGCAGCGGCGCCGAGCGCGAAUCCCUGCAGAGGAUGCCUGGGGACAGCCUCUUCUCACGCUUCCCUUAUUCCAAACCCGACUCUCUCCCAGGACCCAGGAAGGAUGGCCUGGACCUCCGGAAUGCCAACCUGGCCCCUUGUGGAGCAGACCCGGAUGCCAGCUGGGGCACGCGAGAGUACAAGAUAUACCCGUAUGACUCCCUCAUCGUAACAAACCGAAUCCGUGUGAAACUGCCCAAAGAUGUGGACCGGACGCGGCUGGAGAGACAUCUGUCACCUGAGGAGUUCCAAGAAGUAUUUGGGAUGAGCAUCGAGGAGUUUGACCGCCUGGCCCUGUGGAAGAGGAAUGAUCUCAAGAAGAAAGCCCUGCUGUUCUGACAGCCGCCGGCACCUUUCCAGGAGCCUGCUGGGGGAGCAGAGCUGAGGGACCCCACUGCCCCCCAGGUCCCCUCUUGCACCUUGCUCUGCUUCUCUGUGUCAGUGGGGCAGGCGGGGUACCUAUGGAGGCAGGGUGGUGCCAGGCCCUGAGGAACAUCCAGCAGGCAUGGUCCCCUUUGUAGCAAGGCUGCUCCCGCCCGUAGUUUAGGGCCAGGUGCCAGCUUGAUCCACCCCUUCCCUCCACAACUUGGCAUCAGGGCAGUGCUGCGGCCAGCUGUCCUAGGAGAUGGGCCACAGCAUUCAGCCAGCCCAGCACCGUCCCAGGGCACCUGCUGUGUGUGGGGUAAGCGUGAGGCUCCUCUAAGCAUGAGCAGUACGCAGGCAGGCUGAGGCAGGGAAGCUGGGCCCAUGUCUGAGAGGCAGUGGGACUAACUGCGAUGAAUCUUUUCUGGGGAAUGAAUGUCGACAUGACAGGGUGCCCCCCACUAGUGUUCUGUGUAUACUGUGCCCUUCCAAAUCACCCCCUUAGUUGCUUAAAUGAUAUCUUUCAAGUUACACAGAAGUUUUAUUUUAUUAAAAAGUAUCGCUUCCUUACACAUAAGAAGACAUAUAUGCAGAGUUUAGUUUUACGGUCCCUCAGAAGGGGAGCGCCUCCGCCUUACACCCCCCCCCCACCAUGCAGGCCUCUGUGCUUCCAGUACUCAGCGUUCCUCAGAGACAGGAGCCCAUCUGUUUCCCUUCGUACAAGUCACACAGACUGCCUCAAAGAAGGACUCGCUCACUCGGUAGUGCUGUUUGUAAAUACAUGUGCAGUGUAUUGUCUCUUUCCUCACCGUCAUUUUCCUAAGUCUCAAAGAGAAAAGCGCCCCUGAGGGCCAAAUCCCUGGAAUAAAGGUUUCCCCCACUGUGGCUUAGUCUCACAAGAACCUGACAAGUCUUCUUGGUAAAGACACUUACUGUAGCCCCCACAACACAAAACAGGCCUGCUCAGGAGCCGCUGUCACACGAGGCCCUGACACUGGCACUGAGUGCUGAGGGAGAGACAGUAGAGGUGAUGCCUCUUCCAACCUGGGCGUCGAGAAGGGGGAGCUAACUGGGUGCCUGCCACAGAAAGUGUGGACACUGUGGUUCUGAUCGGCUCUAACUGUACCCUCCUCUGGGCUGUCCCUCUCACUUUCUCACAUCCCAUGACAUGUUGAGUCUUGUUUUGUGCUGGAGUUCUCACCGGGCUGGCUGGGCUGUGGAGGGGAACUUCUGGUACUUAAUCUGCUUCCUGCCACUUAGCAGUCCGGACCUGCGCAACUGGAAACCCCCAUCUCCUCCCUGACGAGGUGUCAUGUCAUAUCCGAUUCCUAGGGCACCUGGGAAAAUAAACAGUGACACACUGUAA